AUGGGUGUUCGCUAUGUAAUUGCUGGAGAAUCUCAAUGUGAUUUAUUUGCAGAAAUAUGUUUAGUCGCCGAUUACCUAGCACAACGCUUACCUGAUUUUUGUUACGAACGUAUAGAAAAACCAGUAGCAGAAUGGAAGCCGUGGCUACAGAAAAUUAAUCAAAAAAAUAAAUGGCACCACACUGGAUCACCGAUUGUUUGGAAAGAAUUAUUAAUGGCUGGUAGUAAGCCAUUUUAUAUAGGUUAUGCAUCAGAAUUUUUAGAAUAUUACAUAGGAUUGGAAAUGGCAUCCGUAGCCGCAGAAAUUGCUGAAGUCCCUCUGAGAAAUAUGUUUUGUCCACCAGUAUGGGGUUUUGUUGGAAUAAAUCAUUUAGUUGAUAUUCGAACAACAAUAUACAAAUAUGAUUCAUUUAAUCCAUAUGAAAGAUAUGCAAAAGUAAAAAAUUCAACUCUUUGUAUUGGCACUAUUACUCCAGAAAUGCGAACAAUGGAAUAUUUAAUGUUUUUUGAUGAAACUUUAUGGAAGAAAGUGGCUGACCGAAAAGCUCAGAAGAAGAUGACAGAAAGACCAAUUUUCAUUGUAAAAGCUAUAGCACUGUUGAAUCUAAUUAAAAUAUGGCUAUUCGAUCCUAACCCUAAUUACGUAGUGAAUUUGGGCAUACAGUGUAACGGAUCAUUUGGAUUGACAUUUAAUGGAGUAUUUUCUCAACCCGCACACUUAGUAAAUGGUGAAUGGCGACCAGCAAGUAAGUAUAUGAUGCCAAAAGAUCCACAAGUAAAGAUACCAUAUUUACAGAAAAUUGCUGAAAUUGUUAUGAAAUUAGAAAAGACUGAUUUAAAGCAAGUUGUUACUUACACUCCAUGUGUUUGUAAGCGUAGACAAUUUGCCAAGAACUAUGACAUAUAAUUUUGUUCAAU